AUGGCGAGGCAAUUCCAUCAAUUCCAGAAGCUCCCGCUUGACAUCCAGGAGAGGAUCUGGGAGAUGAGUUUUCUGAACCCUUCCCCCUGCGUGCAGGCGCUUGGACUGUAUGUUCUCCCUGCAAAAGUGCAUCAAGUUGCGAGGGAGGUAGAGCAAGGCUUGAAAGAAUUGAUGGGUUGGUCAUUUGAGCGGGCCCAUGAAGAGGUGGGACAUGAUUGGGAAACCUUCGUGAAGGAGGGGGGCAAGCUACUGGGCUGGUCAGACGAGCUGGUUGAAGAGCUUUUGACAGGUGAUCGCAAGGUGAGAUUCUUGCUGCCUGAGCAGGCUUUGUUCAAAAGCUCUCCGUAUUACCACAUGCUAGCGGCUUCGCGGACGUGCGAAGCUGCGCGGAUGGCAAUGUGCCGAGUGCUUCAGAGACGGCUCGAUAGCCAACACAUCGAGCAGCAGCAGUUAGUCAAGUUGGUGAAGCAUAGGGCCACACCGCAAGGAGCGAGAACCCUCUCCACGAUCCCGACCGUGAUGGCGCAGCUUACCGAGGAGGACAAAAAGAGGGUCGUGUGCCCUAAUCUGGCCAUGGGCUGCUACGGACGCCGCGGAGGCUAUCCGGUGUUCCUGAACCCGACUGUCGACGUUCUCUGGGUCGAUUGUCCCUUCGAGUCCACCGACAUUCCACAGGAGUACGGCUGGCCGGCGACCCGUUUGUCAGGUCUGCUAAGGACAGCUGGCUUCUACGACCAUCAUCUCAUCGCGGUCCAGCGCCUUGCGGUGGAGUUUUCGGAUCCUAAGCACCGCAAGGUGUGUUCUCGCUGCGACACGCUCCGGUCCAGCCGCAAGCAUUGGGAGGAGUUUCGCGACAGCUGGCACAACCGCGAUCCCUCCAAGCAACGGGUGGUUUGUCUGCUCUGCAAUGUCCUCGACGGGCCCGAAUUUACCGACCUCUCCGAAAAUCAAAAGCACGAGGUCAGGAACCUCCUCAAGCUGAGCGUGGUUAGGCGCUCUGUCAAGUGGCAUUACACUGAUGCCCCUGACGGAGGGGUGCGUGUACACGCUGACCUGAGCCCCGAGCGCCGGAAGCGAGUGUUGGAGACGGGGGAGGUCAAAACUUCGAUCACACAUCAUUUUGGCCGCAUUCCCGACCCGGAAGGCUUUGUCAGGCUUUAUCCAUUGCUUGCCAGAGCUGCGGAAGCACUUGAACGUGCUUAUUAUGAGUUCUGGGACUUCCUGGAUGAAGAUGACAGUUGGGACCAUGAGGACCCAUCGACCUUCCCGCUUUUUUUCAGGGCUUGCCCGCGCCACUUUGGGGAUGAUCUUCUGGCCUGCUUCAACGAUAGCCAGUGCUAUGGGUCCAUUGAGCGAGGGUUCCAUUCAGAGAACUAUGACGCCUCCGGGUCCCCAAUCUGCUACGCCAAUCUCGAUGCCCAAGACCAAGGCGUCGACUGCCGGGACCUGCUGCACAGCCGCAGGUGGUGCUCGAACACCGAGGCCGUAGCGUCCUUCUGGCCCAUCCCCGCUGGCACGACCGUCUUCCAGGGAAAUGGCUGCGUGUAUGCCGAGGUGCCGGAGCCGGCCGAUCGAGCCCUCGAGGACGGCGGUGAGGACGCCGUCUGGCAGUACCCCCGAGCUCGCCCUUGGGGCGCCACAGCGUUCGACUUUGCCAGGUAUGCGCACGAGCACAUGAAGCACCGACAGUCCCGGCUUCGGAGGCACCGCAUCAGCAUCGAGUAUGACCCAGAGCGCUUGAUCGAGGAACUUACGGAGACGCACGACACCGAUUACUUUCGCGCAAUCCACGAGGGAAAAGUCCCGGAGUGCAGAGUCCUGGCUAUCGUGGAACAGAACUAA